AUGUCGCUUGACGACCUGACAGUGUACGCCAAAACCCGUGGCACGCUUGCUGAAGCUGACACGGCUCUAUUCACCAUGAAGAAGGUUAUACUCCCCAUGAACCCGUCCUCACGGCCGGGCUACCAACUCCUAGACCACUUUAGGGAUAGGGUCCACUUUGACGACUGGUCCUUGGACCUUGGUGACCCCGAGUCUGAGCCCAAGCGCCGCACUCACCUCGACAACCUAAUGAUUCAACUUCAGAUGGGUUGGGAGGAUUCCAGUCUGCCCCUGACUGGACGGCACCAGGCUAUCACCUCUGUCGUUCUUUUCCGCGGCCAUGACAAGGUCAAUCGAUCUCGGUGGGCCGCCGGCCGUGUUCUUGCCCCUGAUGCAGAAUUUAUGGCCAUUUGUCACACAGUUGUCUUGGCAUUGUCCAACAACAAUUGCGAGCAAUUCUAUGUCUUCACCGACUCAAUGGCAUUGGCCAGGCGGGCGGUGGAUCCUUCCAUUCACUCCGGACAGGGGCAUUCCGUCACUGUCUGCCAGACACUUGAGAGGUGGUUUGAGGAUAAACCACUCUCGCAAAUCACGUUUGUGUACAUCCCCUUCCGUUGGAAGUGGGGUGUACAUGGCAUGGCAUACAAUUAUGCCACCGAGUUGCAAGCUCCUUUGGGCCACAACCCAAUGACAUCAUACGACAGCCUCCGUUGGGAGGCCGUCAUUUGUCGCUCGGACCUCUGGAAUAGCCUCUUUCAGAGCGCCGGAUAUUGCGGGCGCAAUUUUCUUGUGCUUGACGGCUUAGAUGGAAAGCCAAUCCUACCAGAUAGUAAGGACAAGUCUGCCUGGCUGUCUUCUAUGUCGUACGGCUCCCAACUGUACGCGCGCUUGUGCAGGUAUAUACUGAAUCAUGCGCCCAUUGGCUCAUACUACGACCGGUUUAACAUACAGGAGGAUACCUCCUGCCCAUGUGGGUCUUCUUGGGAGAUACGCUCUCACAUCUUUAGGUGUGGUAAGAUAUACUGCCCCCCAAUGUCCUGCGAGUUACGCGCACCCACAACUAUUGCGUACUUGAUUGGUUUCCUGCUGGCGAACCCCAAGGCGUUCGCCUUCCACUUGGUCCCAAGAGGGGUUGGGUGA